AUGUUGGAACAAGCACAACAGCCUUUGAUACGUUUUGACAUUUUACAUCACAACAAACAGGACCAGGGUCCACAGGUCCAGACCACAGUCCGGCUCCAGACCACAGUCCGGCUCCAGACCACAGUCCGGCUCCAGACCACAGUCCGGCUCCAGACCACAGUCCGGCUCCAGACCACAGUCCGGCUCCAGACCACAGUCCGGCUCCAGACCGCACCACUGUCCCUGUGCUCCCGGCCUCUGUCCCUGUGCUCCCAGCCUCUGUCCCUGUGCUCCCAGCCUCUGUCCCUGUGCUCCCAGCCUCUGUCCCUGUGCUCCCAGCCUCUGUCCCUGUGCUCCCAGCCUCUGUCCCUGUGCUCCCAGCCUCUGUCCCUGUGCUCCCGGCCUCUGUCCCUGUGCUCCCAGCCUCUGUCCCUGUGCUCCCGGCCUCUGUCCCUGUGCUCCCGGCCUCUGUCCCUGUGCUCCCAGCCUCUGUCCCUGUGCUCCCGGCCUCUGUCCCUGUGCUCCCAGCCUCUGUCCCUGUGCUCCCGGCCUCUGUCCCUGUGCUCCCAGCCUCUGUCCCUGUGCUCCCAGCCUCUGUCCCUGUGCUCCCAGCCUCUGUCCCUGUGCUCCCGGCCUCUGUCCCUGUGCUCCCGGCCUCUGUCCCUGUGCUCCCAGCCUCUGUCCUUCUGGGUGGCACUCCUCGCUCUUCUCGUGUUUGUUGACGUAGCGGUGGCAGCAAACUCCAGUCCUCCCUGUGUUUGUAAACAUAGCUCCAGUGUUGGCGUUGGGGGGUCCCGGCUCACAGGGGGGGUCCCGGCUCGCAAAGGGGGGGGUCCCGGCUCACGGGGGGUGGGGGGGGGGGGGGGGGGGGGGGGAUUCCGCUCCAGCAGAACCACGGCCGGAGUCUUGUGCUUUUGUUUUCACUUUCUCACACGACUUUUUACCACCGUCUGCUUCUGA